AUGAUCGACAUCCCGGAGGUAAAAAGGCAAAAGUUAGACAAGCCUCAAACUUAUCAAUGUGAGUACAUUCUACCCAAGAAGAACAAAAGAUGUCGGAUGUUGAGAAAGAAGCAGAACAAGUACUGCUCGGAGCAUAUGAUUCAUGAUACCAGCUCAAGUAAAAAACGCAUUCCCUGUCCGUUGAAUCCAAACCACACUAUAUGGGAAAAGGACUUGACAUCGCAUUUGGAGAAAUGUAAUGCUCGACCCAAAGAAGAUCAUGAUCCAUGGUACGUGGAGAACACCAAUCACAUAUUACGCAAUUCAACCGAAAUUACAUUUACCGAUGGUGAAGAACACGAUGAAAGUUAUUGCAGGGAGUUGGUUGACAAGAUACACUUUGAUCCACUUGAAAAGAAAAUAUUUGAACACGAAGGUUUGGUACAACAGUUGGAAGAAAAGACAAACCAAAAACAUAUCAUACAACAGUCAUCGCUUAUAGGAAAUUUGAAACGGCUCGGCUUAUUAUCAUCAGACAUCUUUUAUAUGGAGUUCGGGUGCGGCAAAGGUGAGCUAUCGCGAUAUGUGAACCAAUGUGUUUUGCAUGACUCAUCUGGAAGCGUUGAGAAUUACGGGUUUGGGUUAAUUGAUAGAGGUACAAAUCGACUCAAAGCGGACAACAAGAUCAUCCAAGAGUCAGAACCAUUCCAGGUGAAGCCUAUUAUCAAAAGAAGCAAGAUAGACAUAAUGCAUUUACACGUUGAUAAGUUUAUGGAGGAUAUUCAUCCAAAAGAUGUGGUGGCAAUUUCAAAACAUUUAUGCGGAGCCGCCACUGAUCUUACAUUGAAGCUGCUUUUGAAUUCAAAUUUGUUCAAGGAUGGAAAGUUUGGGGGUAUGCUCAUAGCAAUGUGCUGUCGCCAUGUCUGCUUUGAGGAUGAGUUCUUACCCCAAUCUAAAGAGUAUUUGUCCAGUCUUGGUUUCAACUCUCUUCAAUCCAUUAAAGCGUUGAAGAAGAUGGUUUCGUGGGGGGUGAAUUUGGACGUUGAUUCCAGAGAUAGCGUUGAUUCUGGUCUUAGUUCUAAACAAAGAUAUGACUAUGGUAUCAAAGCAAGAAGAAUCAUUGACGAGAGCAGAGUUUACGCCUUGAAAACGAUAUUGGGAAUUGACUACAAUAUUGAGAUUUUUUGGUACGUUGAUACAAAUGUUACAAAAGAAAACGUGUGCUUGUCGAUCACGCGGAAGCAAAGCAACUAA